CUUAUCUGUCGAAGGGAUAUGUCGCUCACACUCACAGGUUGCGGUCAUCUGGUUUGUGGCAAGCGUCGUCUGAAGGCGCGCGUCUGAGUGCCCUUACAGGACGUGCGAGGUCGUACACGCUGCCUGCAUCGCGCACAGUCUGUACUCGAUCACAGUCUCCAACUUUACGCACCCCGAGCGACUGGUGCUGAUCCCCCGGACGCUCGCGGUUGCAGUCUUGUUCUCGGGGUUCAUUGGCGCACUCGGUCUGCUCUCAGAUCUCGCUGCACGUAUGUAACAGGGGUUAAUUUGAUUCCCCCAGUGCAAGCGUUCUUCGCCCACCGUAUCCGCACUCUAUCUCACUCGCUCCCGCUGCCGGCUCUGAGCCUCUUUCUCUCGUUCUUGCGGCUGCUGGGAUCCGCGCUGGUGUGCGUGUACGGCUUCAAAACUCUGACCAUCCCAGAGUUCGAGACUCGCUUCGGUUGGCUGCUGACCGCGCUCUGGGCCAUCACGUCCGCGAAUGAUGUGCUCAUUGCUGGCACGAUCACGUGGUGUCUACGGAGAGGACGGGCCGGGCUCGAUGCCAGGACUGUGCCGCUGAUAGAUAAACUCGUUAUGUGGACCAUGGAAACGGGGCUUUUGACCAGUGCAGCAGGCUUGGUCAACCUCAUCUGUUUCGUAACCAUGAAAGAAAACUUCAUAUGGCUGGCAUGCUAUGUUGUUGCCGCGCGCCUCUAUUCAAACUCGCUGCUGGCCAGCCUCAACUCGCGGGUAGCACUGCACUCGGCAUCUCAAAAGAUCCAAAAUGCCGAGUUUGGGAGCAUGCCCACCUCCACGUUUCAGGCGGUUCAUUUCAAAAGUGUCCCGGCGGUCGGCAGUGCUGUCACUACUGCUUCAGGAAUUGGUGAUCUUGAUGAGCGACAGAGGACUUGAAUACCAGUCAUGUAUCUUGAGAUGUAUGGUGCAUGUGCCCUUAACACUACCACUUUUGUACAAGGGUCACAGUGUGUCACAGAAGCGUCUGUUUUCUUAUCUGUCUUACAGAAACACUCAGUUUGAGGUGUAGAACAAAUCUGUAAGAGGGAUAAUUAAUUGCUUCAAAACUGAGGGAGUUGAUGUUUUGAUUGACACCCCGAUUCCGGUUCUGUCACGUUAUGUCACGAAAUGUGACUAGAAGUCACGCCAAAGUCACCACUUUUGCUGACAAAUAUGACCUCUUUCAGGCUUCUAUGCAUAAAAUGUGUCUUUCCACUUGAUCUGCACUCAAUCUGAACCAUUUCUGAUGCUUUCCCGACCAUUUUAUUUUUGCAAAUUUUCUGACCAGAUUCCGGUCCUGUCACAAAGUGGCAGUGACGAGGGCACGUGCACCAUAG